CUCCCACCACCUCCUUUACAUUAUUCUUUUUGAUUUAUUUUUGAUUCAUUUCUGUUAGAAGCCCAUCGCCAUGGUGAACAUAUUUAAGCGGAUCCAUAAGCUCCGAGCACUGCUGAACGUCCGCAUCGGCCCCGGAGCAGCAACCCUCCCGAGCAGCUCGACGGCAACGAAAGAUUUCCCGCCCAUCACACGGCUGCACCUCACAUACGCGCGCAAGAUCUACGGCGGCCACCAAGGCGCACGACACUUCUGGCGCGAAUGCCUCCCCCGAUUGAAAUAUUAUAACCCUGGCGUUUCGAUGAGCGUCAAGCAGACGACCGAGCAAGACGGACCAGCCACGUUAACCAUUUACUUUGACGGAGAGGUCAGCAAGACAUCUUCAUCAGGAGGAGGAGCAGGAGGAGCAGGGGCAGAAACAGACGGAUACGCUCCCGCUGCGACAUCCACCGAGAAGACGGCAAGCAUCAAUCUCAAGGAUCUGGAUUAUCAGGAGAUCUGGCGGCGGGUGCAGGCCGUCACGGGCGCGAGUGCCGUCCCGUCUAAACCGGAGGAAGAGGCGGAGAUGGCGCGCUACAAGGCUUUGCGUGGCAAGGCGCAGGAAGAUAGAGCGCGGGUAGCCUCCAUCCGGCAGACGAAGAGGGAUCAAGAGCGUAUGUUGCUUGAGGCGAGGGGGGAGGUCGAAAGACUCCGACAGGCAUGA